CCAGGAUAAACAAUGAGCGCAGAGAGUCUUGGAAAUCCAGUGGAUCGAGGUUGGUCCUGGGUAAUUCUGGGAGCAAGUUCUGCAAUUUCAUUCUUACAUAUUGGAUCAAUCAAGUCUUUUGGAUUAUUCUUCGUUGAAAUUUUGGAGAUGUUUGAUGCAAGCGUCUCCGUGACGUCACUGAUAUCGUCACUUCAGGCCGUCUGUUUUGCAGUAGUGGCCUUACCAGUAUUAUCCAUAGGAAUAAAUUUCCAAUCAUCCCGGUUCUUUUGUCUCGUUGGUGGCCUCCUCUGUACAGCGGCAUACGCUCUAAGCGCAUUCGCCAUGAAUGUUGAAUUCAUCAUCUUCACACUCAGUAUUCUAUUCGGCUGCGGAGGAGGAUUUUUAUUUCCACCGACGCUGGUGAUUCUUGGCAGAUAUUUCCAUAAACGACGGGGAUUAGCAAAUGGGCUUUCAAUGGCAGCAGCAUGCUUAGGAGGCCUAGCCUACCCAUUAUACAUUCGAUUCUGCAUGGACGAGUAUGGCGUCCGAGGAGCAUUAUUAUUAGUUUCAGGAUUAUAUAUGCAUGUUCUUAUAGCUGCUUGCCUCUUGACUCCUCCAGAACAAUAUGGACUGUCUAAAAGAAAUGAGAAACUGCCCGAAAAGGAAAACCUAUUACUUUCACCAAUUGUAAAACGAACAAAUAGUUUAACGUUAACGAACGAUAACAGUGCACUCUCAAGUUCACUUCCAAAUAUACGUUUAUCCCGGGAACCUGUCAAGACGAGACGAAGAACAGUGACAAUAUCACAUGAUGCAAAUUCACCCUCAACACACAAACUCAAAACCCCUAAUUUCUCGCAGUAUCUCAGUAAUAUGAGUUUAAUGUCGAUAUCAUUGGUUGAUUUAAGCCUUCAAAAGUCAACGACAAACAUGAAGAUAAAAGAGAUGAAAUGGCACGACUACUUGAAGAAAAUAGAUUUGACAGUCCUCAAGCAAAUUGAAUUCAUAUUGUUUUUAGUUGCCUUUUGUUUCUCAGCUGUACCGGCUAUCUUUUUUGUGUUCCUACCAGCAUUUGCUCGAGAAAAGGGAAUCUCAGACAAUGAAAUUCUUAUACUGGUUUGCAUUGCAGGAUUUACGGAUUUCCUCGGGAGGGUUGUUUGGGGAUUUCUUUCGGAUAUUCAACGAAUUCGUACAUCCCACAUCAUUGUUAUAACAAUGUUUAUUCUUGGUACUUUAAGCCAGAUGGCCCGCCUUUUAGAGUCUUUUGUAGCUUUCUGUUUGUUUAUAACACUGUAUGGGUUUUUCGCCGGAUCUCCUUUUGCACUGUUUUCUUCUAUGAUAACCAAAAUAGUCGGAAUCGAGAAAUUUCCCACGGCGUAUGCUUGUCUUAUUUUGGCACAAACAUGUACCUUGGCAACAUCAAUACCUUUUUCUGGGUUCCUUCGAGAUCUGACCAGUGGUUACUAUGCAACAUGCCACUAUAUUGGAACAAACGCACUCCUAUCAGCCCUACUCUUUUUAUUUGAACCAUUCGCACAACGAAUGGAUUUGAAAAGAAACGUAAAUAUACGAACUCAAAAUGUUCAGAAUAGUGACUUGCAAAAAAAUGGGAUUUGACAUGUCAAGAAAUACACUACUGACUAGAUAUACAUGUAGGGAAAAAAAUGAAUAUAUGAUUGAACUAAAAUACAAAUG